CUGCUUCAUGCAGCAAUCUCCCAUCCCUCAGCCUUGCGCGUCAUGUAUGCAUACCGACAUACCCUACGCGCAUCAUAUAUGGACCCACUUUCCAUUACUUCGGGGGUUAUAGCAGUUCUUACUGCUUCGGGAAACGCUAUACAAGGCUUGCAAAAGAUCUCAGAGCUUCGGCAUCGAGAAAAGGAGUUCUCAAGACUUAGGCAAUCAGUAAAUGGCAUCCGCGCACUGAUUUUUAGCAUUGAAAUAUCUCUUAAAGAUAUACAAAAAAACGAAAUCGAGACCGAGCGUUUUCAAGACUGCAUUGGCAUGGUCAGCAUCUCAUGUGGCCAUGCUAUAGAUAUAUUUGCAGAAUUCAAUGAUUUGUUACGUGAAGUACAAUCAUCGAAGAAAAAGUUGCAGCCGUCGAAAGUGAAAUGGCUACUCCGGAAGUCGCGGCUGAUGGACCUACUGGACCAGAUCACUGGUGCGGUUGAUUCCGUAGCGACUGCUCUUAUAACGCUGCAAGGGCUACAGAUAGCCGCUAUGACUAGAUCCACAUCAAAUGGAGUCAACACUCUGCUUUCGAAGCUUGAUCCGGUCGGAGUUUCUUCUAGUCUCGUCAGCCAGAACCAUCCAUAUCUCAUCACUGACGCGGAAAGCGUAACAUCCUCACAAGAUUCGUUCCAAUCCGCAGUAUCUACUUCGCAUGAAUCAACAGCAAGCCCUUCGGAUAACCCCCAUACAUCGUUACAGCAUAGCUCCCAAUGCGAAAACUCCUGUCAGUGCCAAUGUCACACGAUCAGUCGAUUCCGAUCACCUCUCUGGACCAGGCACAUCUUAGGCUCCUUGAGCCUUUACGGAAACAGCUCGAUCUGGCUAAAGCGUAAGGUUUGCGACAAAAGAUGUAAUCAGAGCGGUUCGACACGCUUGCAGAUUUUAUACCAAGGACCUUCAUGGGCUCUACUGAAGGGCCUUGUGGUAUACGCGAACGCUCAGCUUACUGGUGGGGGCAUACCAACCUUCCAUCUCGUUUUACCCCGCAUCAUCCCGUCCGAUGCUAUCGUCUGGAGUGUCAUUGAACUAGGCAACAAGGCUGAGCUACAGCGACUUCUUUCGCAUGGGAAGGCAUCGCCAUAUGAUAUCAAUUCCGACGGGACUUCUCUUUUGAAGUAUGCCCUAAAGAAAGGUCAAAGUGAAAUUGGUAUAUUGUUAUUACAAGCCAAUGCCGAUCCAUUCAUGCGGGAUAAAGAUGGAAUAAUGACUGUCCAGCCUGAGAUUGAUCAUGCACUUACCGAGCAUCAUAACCUGGAGCGAUAUUAUGCUUGCGCCACGCGAUUAUUGCUUACAGAGGAAGCUUUUGAGCAACAAUGUUUCUCUUUGAUUCACCGCAUCGUGUUACGUCUUAGUCAUCUGGAUUUUUCAGACGUGUUAAUGUUCCUUCCAGACGUGAACUCGAUAGAUGCAAACGGUCGUACUGCAUUACAUUGGGCUGCCUGGCGGGGAGAUACAUACAUAGUCAGGGUACUUGUCGAUCAUCAUGCCAAGGUUGACAAGACCGACCACGAGAACUACACACCUCUAUCCCGAGCGGCUCAAGCUGGACAUAUCGAUUCGGUUAAGGUCUUGUUACAAGCGGGAGCAUCGCUCGAGAUUCCAACGACGUGGGGCCAUCAAGCUAUACAUCUGGCCAGCAGGAACAGACUGAACGGCCACAGGAUCGUCCGGGAACUUUUGACAGCAGGGGCAGAUCCAAAUGCAUACAGUCAUGGAUCUGGCACCCCUCUUCACAAUGCCGCAAUUUGCGGUUCUAUCGAUACAGUGGAUCUUUUACUUGACAGCGGUGCUGAUAUCAACGCUAUUGAUAAAGACGGCGACAGUCCUGCUAUGGUGGCUUUAUAUUGUUGGAGUGAGGAUAUAUUUUUGCGUCUGGUGAAGUUUGGAGCACAAUUGGAUAUCACGAAUGGUCGAGGGCAUAACAUCAUGCAGCUUGCUGUUUGGACAGCUAGCACAACAACCUGGGAUUUACUGGCUGAAUUGGCGCAAGGAGACGAUUUGGGCUUCAUUGAUACAAGCGUGUUGCACGGUGAUCAUGGCAUAUGGUAUUGUUUUGACAGAUGCCGGAGUCUUUGGUUCGUUGGGGAAAGAGAAGCGGAGUCUGAAAAGACGAGCCUGACUCGCCUAGUUGAGAAAUUGUCCAUUCGUCACUGA